AUGGAUCAGAAUCAACCUUUAAUAUAAUAGAAAGAGACAUUUAAAUUUAAAUUUUAUAACACUUUGGAAAAAUAUUAUUAUAUUAAAACCAUUUAUUCUUUUAUUAUUGAAUUUGAUGAGAUUGAAUUAACAAGAAUUCAUUUAGGCUAACUUUUGGUCUUUGUUAAAUCUUUAGAUUAAAAAGUUUAACAAUUAUAGUUGUCAAAAAUAGAGCAUGAAUACUUAGAUUUGAAUAAAAUUUGGUUGAAAUUCAAUGAUUAAAAUGAAGCUUUUAACUGUAAAUAUUCAAAAAUAAAUAAUCCUAUACAUUUCUUUGGUUAUCAAUGUAAAAAUGAUGAAAUCAACUAAUUAUUAUAAAAUAUUUUAUCAAUAACUGUUUUGAUAAAUAAUACUAACAUAACUCAAAGAUAAAGAUGA